AUGGGCUGCUGUGUGUCUUCAGAAACAGAUCAGUUCCAUGAGAACCGUAAAAGGAGACAAUCUGCAAUGGGAGUUGGUAUGGGAGUUGCUAUGAUGAUGCAACAGGCUGGCGCAAUUGUGGGAGCACAAGCGCCUACUAUGGACCCUACAGCAUUGCAAGGGCAAAUCAGAAAAGCGAAAGCAGAAGGACGUACAGUCACUAUGGUUAAUGGAGCAUUAUAUUUCGAUUAUCAGCUUGUUGCACGAAUCCCUCCACACUUUGAUAUUCGAAUAUAA